AUGGCGUAUAGGCCGAGCAGAGUGCAGCUCAUAUUUUUGGAUUGCGUCAUCGUCUUUCUGUCCCUGCUCAUCACGACCCUCGCAUACGAAACGUCCUACACCCUCGCGUCCCCGUCCUUCGGCACCCUCCCUGGCGCGAACACCGAUCUCAUCACCGCUACCGCCACCGCCGCCGGCAUCGACCCGCUGCAGCCCCUCCCGGCCCACUCGCGCCCCGCGACGCCGCCAGACCCCGCGCUUGCGCCGUGCGCCGCCGCCGUCGUCGCCGCCACCGCCCUCGCGGGCACGGGCGCAGAGGCCCUCGUCGUCGACGUGCGCCUCGCCGCCGUGACGCGGCACCUCCGCGAUCCGCCGCCGCCGCCGCCCCCGGAGCGCGCGGCCGGCGGGGCGCUGCUGCCGCUCCCGAACACGGCGGGGUGGCCGCUGUCGGAGAGCCUGCGGAUGCUGAUGCGCGCGCGGAAUGCGGGGGCGCGGGGCGCGGCGGCGGCGCUGGGUGGGGAGCAGGGAGGGCAGGAGCAGGGGCAGGGGCAAGGGCGGGGGCAGGGGCAGGGGCAGAGGCAGGAGGGGGCAGGUGACGGGUCGAGAAGGUUGCCGGGGAGUAUUGAUCCGGAUGAUGGGGGGUGA